UAGCAAUUCGUAAGCUGCUGCCAUUUUUUGCUCGUAGGCAGCCCAACUGCUGCCAUCUGGCCCGCGGCCGAGCACUACGCAUGGUCUCCAUGAAUAACAACUAAUGGCCGACUUCUUCGCCCCCAAGCCGCGCGCCGGCCGUGUGGCGCCGGAGCCCGGCUUGGGCUCCAUCCCCGAGAACCGGGACGCGCCCGCGACGCUGCCGCGACCAAAAGAGGACCAAUUCGACAGCAAGGAGCACGUCGCCGAGGCCGUCGACGCGUACGUCGCGGCCCAGUCGUUCCGGCCCGCGCUCGCGCGCGCCGUCGCGAGCGCCGCGCGGAACGUCCCGGAGCUGCGGGACGACGUUUAUGAUCACGUCCUGACGGCGCUGCGGCGCACACCGUCAAGGGGGUGGCCGCUGCUGUGCGUCGUCGCGCUCACGUGCCCGCCGGCGACGGACGGAUGUAGACGCAAAGUCGACGCCGCGCUCACGUGCGCGUCCGCGGAUUAUACGCGCUACGCGUUGUUCGUCCACGAGGUCCUCGGCGCCGUCGCGAGCCCGCCCUCCGAACAAAAUAUAGCCGCGUUUGAUAUGAGGCCGCCCUCGGUCCUGAGCGUGACGCUCGUCGACGGCGAGUCCUUGGUGGAGGCGUUGCCCGUGGCGCCCUGGGUCGACUGCGCCGCCGUCGCGCGGCAUCUGGUGACGACGCGGCUGCGGCUGACGGACGCGCGCCGGUCGACGUUCGGCCUGUUUUUCGCGGACAACGGGCGGCCGCUCCACCGCAGCGAGUUCGUCGGCGAUGUACAUGAGUCCGCCUUCGUGUUCAAGCGCAUCCUGCGCUUCCUCCACGAGCCGAGCCGCUCGGACGACGUGUUAUUUGAGCGGCUGAACUUCCUGCAGUGCGAGGACGACGUGCUAAAUGAGGGCCGGCUGCCGAUCCCGCGCAAGGACGCCGGCGCCCUGGCGGCGCUGUCGCUCUUAGCGACGAUGGGCGCCGCGACGCCUAUAAGGGUCGAGGACCUCGCGGCGCUGACGGAGGACCUGUCGAUCGGCGAGUGCUACCCGCCGGCCUACGAGGGCGAGGAGCCCCUGACAUUGGCCUCGCUGGCGGCGCCGCACGUCGCGGCAUUUAGAAAGCUGGACGCGCGGGCGCUGCACCGCGCGUUCGUCGACCGCUGCCGCGCGCGGCCGCUCUACGGCGCGCACGUCUUCGAGGUCGACGUCGUGGGCGGCCUCGACGCGCCCGGCGCGUAUCGGCUGGCCGUCGGUUCGCGGGGCCUCGCGCUGCUCGACGACGACGACGUCUUCGGCGUCGACUGCCGCUACGCGGUCGGCGACGUGGCGUCGUGGGCGUCGACGGGCGACAGCGUGGAGGUGCGGUUCCGCGAGGCGGCGCCGCUGCUCGUCGAGUCGGCGCAGGCGCGCGGGAUCGUGGCCGCGCUGGACGUGUGCAUCAAGCGCCUCGGCGUCGUCGUCGAGGAGCCGUCGCAGCGCCGCGACUGGACGGCCCACGGGCUGUUCGCCGCCGAGGAGGGGGCGGAGGAAAGUAAAGGUGAUUAGUGUGC